UUUCCAGCCAGCUGUGGCAUUCUGCAAUUCCGGCGGCCAUCGUCGGCGGCAUCUGGCACUCGAGCGGCAUGCCCGCCCCGGGCGGCAUUGAACCAGCAGACUGCGGCGCUACUAUGGUCUGUGAACCAGCACUCUACUGUGUAGCUUACAAGCCCGAAAAUAUGGACCCCCUGUAACGGUAACGGGAACCUUCAAACCUCCCUACCCAGCAGAAGCCUCCGUGAUCACGUACACCCACCCUAACCGCACAACACUUCGACCACCACGCGUUUCCCACUCUCGGUCUGGGCAUUGAACGCAAAGUGGAGGAGCAACAGUCAGAGCCUCUUUUCGAGAUUGACGAACCCCAGAUUCUCCAUUCCGGCCAUCGGAAUCGGAUAACUGUCCAAGUCCCCGUUGCCCCGGACCCAACUGUGCAAGUUUCCCCGCGACAACCCGAAUCGCCAUCACUCCUCACCCACGCAUCUCUUUGAAGUUGACUAAAUUCUCGCUUCACGCGUCCUUUAUUUAAACGGAUAUAUUCUUCAGUCAUCUUCAAUUCUUCACCAUGACGGUCACCAACGAGCUUUGGAGACAUCCGGAUCCCCAGUCCACGCAGAUGUGGAAGUUCCUUGAGCAUGUAAACUCCAAGUACGGUCUCCAGCUCAACGAUUAUCCAUCCCUCUACAAGUGGUCAGUCGACAACGUUGCUGCCUUCUGGGAAGAGGCCUGGCACUUUACCGGUAUCAGGCAUUCCAAGCUGUUCGAUGAGGUGCUCCCUGAACAUGCGCCCAUGUUACCUAGGCCUGACUUCUUUGCUGGUGCCCGACUAAACUUCGCCGAGAACCUCCUGUUCCCUGGAAAUGCCCAAGUCAACGGAUCUGAUGUUGCUGUCAUCACAGCCACUGAAAACGACGAGCACCUCACCGAAACCACAUGGGACGAGCUGCGAGAGCAGGUCCGGCAAUGCUCCAAUGCCCUCCAAGCUGCUGGAGUGAAGGAGAAUAGUGUUGUUGCUGGCUUUGUUGCUAACCACGUGCAAGCCUUGGUCGCCCUACUGAGUGCUGCCUCCCUCGGCGCCAUCUGGACGGGAAUCAGCCCUGAUAAUGGUGUCAGUGCCGUCUUGGACCGUCUUGUCCAGAUCAAGCCCAAGGUUCUCUUCUCCGAUAAUGCCACUCUCUAUAACGGCAAGGAGUGGUCCGGCAAGGCCAAGACCCUCGAGGUCGUCGAGGCGCUACAGAAGCACGGACUCGAGCUCGUUGUCGUAGUUAAGGGCCUUCAGAACUUUGAGACCGGACUGGACGAGAUCCGCGUCAAGGGCGUCAAGGCGGAGGAGUACGAUGAGUUCCUUCACAGCUCGCCCAAAGAGGAGCCCCUCGUCUUCGCCCAGCUUCCUCCCUCACAUCCUCUCUACGUCCUCUAUUCCAGCGGCACCACCGGCCUGCCCAAGGCCAUCGUCCACACCGCCGCCGGCACCCUUCUCCAGCACAAGAAGGAGCUCUUCAUCCACUCUAACCUCUCCCCGCGAUCGCGCAUGCUCUACUACACCACCACCUCGUGGAUGAUGCACCACUGGUCCGUUUCCUCGCUCUCAUGUGGCGCCUCGCUGGUCCUCUACUCCGGCUCCCCCUUCCGCCCGCACGGUUACCUAUCCCUCCCGCGCCUGCUCUCCUCCCUGAAGGUAACCCACUUCGGCACCUCGGCCGCCUACCUGACCACGCUCGAAGCCAACAGCGUACGCCCCAUCGAUCCCGUCCACAACCUCGACCUCUCUUCUCUCGAAGCCAUCUAUUCCACCGCCGCCCCCCUCCCCCCUUCUACCUUUGCCUUCGUCUACACUGCUUUUCCCUCCACCAUCAACCUAGCCUCUAUCACUGGCGGCACAGACAUCAUCUCCCUCUUUGGCGCCCCUUGCCCUCUUCUCCCGGUCCGGGCGGGAGAAGUCCAAUGCGCCGGUCUAGGAAUGGCCAUCAGCGUAAUCGAUUCUGCCUCCGACGCCUCCGACCCCCGCCCUGUCGACCCCGUCGGCUCCGAAGGCGAUCUUGUCUGCCUCAAGCCGUUCCCCUGCCAACCUCUGACUUUCUUCGGCCCCGGAGGCGACGACAAGUACCGUGCCGCUUACUUUGAGCGCUUCGGCACGGCCAUGUGGCACCACGGCGACUUUGUGCGCAUGAACCCGUCCACGGGGGCGUUGGUCAUGCUGGGCCGCUCCGAUGGCGUGCUCAAGCCCGCCGGUGUCCGCUUCGGGUCUGCCGAGAUUUAUAACGUGCUCAUCCGCUUUUUUGCUUCUGAAGUCGAAGACGCGGUGUGCGUAGGCCGCAGACGCGAGUUUGAUCGUGAUGAGACCGUUUGCCUUUUUGUGGUCAUGGUGCCCGGCAAGUCGUUUACUUCGGAACUGAGGGAUCGGAUCAAGAACGUGAUUAAGCGCGAGUUGAGUCCUAGGCAUGUACCGGGCGUGGUGGAGGAGUGCGGACCGGCGGGUAUUCCGAGGACCGGGAAUGGGAAGAAGAUUGAGGUUGCUGUUAAGCAGAUUUUGAGUGGGUUAAAGGUGAAGACGAAUGCGAGUGUGGCGAAUCCAGAGGCGUUGGAGUGGUUUAGGACGUGGGCGAAGGCGGCGGAGGAGCAGUUGCCUAAGUAGGUGGAUGAGUACGCAAAUAGAUGAUGACCCGUUGUAAGAUGCUGAAGAGAAAGGCAAUUUUGCUGUGGUGAAUGGGAUGUACAUCUAUGGAUGGCCAAUGGGUAUCUGAUAUGAUAGGAUAUGGGAUUGGUCUGGGGAUAAAUGAACAUGAUAGAUGGACACAUAUAAAGUGGGGGGGGAGGGGGGGGAGGGCGGAUAACGUUCUCAUGCUUUGCUUUGUCUAUGAAACACGAGUUACUAGCAUUAGAGAUACCGCGAACCGGUAAUGAGAAAACCAGGUUAUCUAACAUUGAAAGAAUAGAGACACUGGAAUGACCGCAA